UUCCCCCCUCCGGGAGACGGGCCUGAGCCGUAGCCGGCCUCCAAUCCCUCUGUUCCUGCCGCCCCCCCCCCCCCCGCCCAUCCCUGUCUCCAGAUGUACCUGCUGUUACCUCCACUCCUUUCCUGCCCAUCUUAGAAGGAGGCAGGUCUUUGAGAUCUGCUCUUCCCAUUGUGUCCUUUCUCAGGGCAAGAACGACCUCUGAAUGCUGCUCCCCUCCCCCAAAGUCUUGCUGAUCAUCCCAUUGUCAUAGAGGGAGAGGGGUCUGUCAGGCCAUUGCCCCCAUUAACCUUAUCUUGCUUUCUCUCUCCCUGAUGGCCCGGAGGGAAUUGGGCCUGUAGGGAUCACUGCCCCGCCCCUUCAGUCCUGGUUCUGCUCCCUCACAUGCCAUACAGAAAGGGGGUGUGGUUAUUGCUCCUUCCUGAUCAACUCCUGAACUGACUGUGUAUCAUAUCAGAGUGACAAGGAGAGUGAGGUCUGCAUUUUUAUUUGAAGUGCUGUAGCUUUGUAAAGGGGACUAGUGUCCUGAAUCCUUUUGUGACAGGUGCAGAAAAUACUAAAGGUCAGACAAUAUUUAAUAACUUCCAUUGUUGUAUGCGGUGGUGUUGUAGCUGUGUUGGUCCCAGGAUAUGAGAGACAAGCUGGGUGAGGUUUGGAAGAGCAACAUUCUAAGAUACUGAAAAAUCUGGACUUUUAAUUAUAUACUUCCUAAAGAAAUAUAAAGCGUUGAAAAUUGUAGCCUCCUUGCAGUUUAUUUUAUGGUAUCUGUACCUCUUACUUUUUUCUGUAUUUUAUAUUCAAGAAACAGCAUGAGCACAACUCAAAGAAAACGUCGUGGAGGAGCCAUCAAUUCUAGGCAAACUCGAAAACGAAACAGACUGGUAGCUUCAGCGACAGAAAUGGCUUCAGAAGCAGAGCCAAUAGAACUUGAAGAAAGCGCUGGUGAAGAAGUAGUAGAUCUCACAUGUGAAUCUUCUGAACCUGUAGUAGUUGAUCUAACUCACAAUGAUUCUGUUGUGAUUGUUGAAGAGAAUCAACGUCAACGGAGAAAUCUAGGGUUAAGAAGCCAACGGCAAUCUGACAGCUGUGUAUUAAGUAGUGAUGAUGAAGAUGAAUCAAGAGAUAAUGAUGUAUACGUAACAAACAAGGUGUCUGGAGAUUUAGAAACACUGGAGGAUGAAACUGCAAGUUCAAGAUUGUACAAAGUGGACGACUUAUCGUGUCAACCAAAUGUGGCCAUGUCUUCUGUAGUCAGUGCCUCCGUGACUCCCUUAGAAAUGCUAACUCUUGCCCAACUUGUAGGAAAAAACUCAAUCACAAACAGUACCAUCCAAUUUAUAUAUAAGCACUUUGAAUUCUUCUCAGGACAGCCUCAACUGGAUCUUGGUGAAAAUGUCAUGCAUUUGUGAUGCCUUGAAGAUUAAAGGAGCAACAGGUUGUAUGCCCACCCAAUUGUAGUAAAACGGAUUUUUUGAGAAUUAACUUGUGCAUAUCUAAACAGCUUUCAUAUGCUCCAGUCAUACUGUCCAAUAAUAGCUUCUUGUUUUGUCACUUGUUCGUGUUAAAAGUUCUUGAAGGUCUGCAAACACAGGUCGGUAUGUGUCACCAAUGAAGCAGCUGAUGUUCUGUUUCCCUCUGCUUCUUUUGAAGUGCUUGAAAUUGAGUUCUGGAUAUUUUUUUUUCUAUUUCUUAAAUGCUUUUAAUUACUCCUCCUUACCUGCCCCCUUCCGCCCAGAUAAAGAACUUACAUUGCCUACAAGUAUGAAUAAAUGCUUUCAUUUGAAUGUUAUCAUGAUGUAGGUGGCAGGCAGCAAGUUACUGGAGAGCACCCUGCUGCUAAAGCAUGUAGUCUUACCUGAAGUGCAGUUUGUCCAAAUAGAAUGAGUUCUGUGACAGGCAAAAACUUAAUGCAAUAUUAAAUUGUAUACCAGGGUAAUGCAUUGAACUAAUAUGCCAUUAGCCAGCAACUAACCUUUCUGUAAUUAGAAGUCUUGAAUAUGCAGACCUAUAUUUAUGGGCUCCAUGAGGUUCAGAGUACAUAGCCAAAUUACAACUUUCAUAAUAUGAAUGUGAAAAUACUUCAUUUCUGGUGUACCUUAACUGCCCAAGAAUUACUUGAUUUGAAUCGCAGUUUUGAAAUGUUUCCUAAUCUGUGGUGAGAUGAUUUCUUGCUUUAAUACUGUUCAGUGCUGAAUGCUAUAAAAUAGAAUUUUUAUUUCAGCACAAAAUUACAAGGAGAUAUGGUGCCUCGGUGAGUUGAUGCAUUUAACUGUAAUAGUUCUAUAUGUAGGCAAGAUAUUAACAUCAGUUUUCUAUGAUCUCUCCGUACAUACCUGACACUUGGGCCAAUGUUUUGUUCCACAAUAUAAUAUUAUAACAAUAUCUACCAAGGCAUCUUUAAAACUGGAGGUUAGUCUGUGAAACAUGAACAAAAAUAAACUGCCAGCUACUUUGAAGACUGUUAGAAUACAUUUUUCAGACUUUCUUUUUACCCCUUCUUCCCUCACCCCACCGACUUCCGAAAACAGAAUUUCAAGAGUUAUGUAAUUAACACAGAUAAUAAGUAGUAGUAUCUUAUUACUCCAUCAUUGGGAGAAUGGAUUGUUUUAAAUGGAAGAACCUGCUCUAAUUAGCCAAUUAAACUUUGAAGCAGUGUCUAGCCAAGACUACACAAUGUUUUGUAGUAUCUUCAGUGUGCAGAAUAUGGCCUAUAUGUAGCAGUAUGGUUACUGACCCGGGAGAAAUGUAGUACUUGCGCUCCUCUGAUCCUUAUAUAAUCAGAGUUUUUUACAUGGAAAAGCCUGCUGUACUGUAACCUAUGCACCCUGGCAAUACUCUCUACAUAUUAAAAGGAUAUAAUCGCCAGUAAUUGCUUUCAGUUGCACUGAAUUAUUUAAACCUAGUGCUGAACGAAGACUUUCCUAAAAUAUUUUCAGGACAGUGCAAUUAAUUUCUGUAUCUUGUUUAUAGAAAAACCUGUGGGGAUUUUUUUUUUUUUCUUCCAUGUUUUGGAAGACAAACUGAGCAAGAGCUUUAUUCUCUUCAGAUUGUUCGGAAGCAUCUGUCACAUGCAGAAAAAGCAGACCACCAUGACGCUGUCUAGUAAGUUAGGGCCGCAUACACUCAACUAUUAAAACCUUCCAAUAGUUUCUAAAUAAAUUAAGGUAAAUGGCUCUCAGAUAUGAGCCAUCAUACCUAAACUACUGUGUACAGGGAAGGCAAUAAGAGCAUAUAAAUGUAAGGGAUUAAGUCUGGGGUCAUGGUUGAGUAGCAUGUCCCUAGAUCUUUAAUUUGAGUACUAGCCCUAGCUUGAAUUGUGUUUUUGCACAGUUUCCGCCAUGUAAAUAUCUCUUUACAGCUUGCAUAUCAAUAUAUAAACCUACUUGGACUUUAGAUACCACAAACUGUAGAAUAUUCAACAACAAAAGUUUUUAACUUUUGUGAUCCCUAUUAAGUGCCACGUUUUGUGUACAUGAAAACAAAUUUUAAACUUUCAAUAUCAAAAUGGCAAAUGUUAAAGUUGCAUUAUAAUUUUAAAAAACUUGAAAUUGAUAUAUUUUAAUUUCCAGUAAAGGCAGUGGCUCAGUAUAGCUCAUGACAUUUGCAAGAACUGAUAGAUAAUAUAAAGAUUUUUUUGAUUAUGUAAAUGUAUGUUUUUCACUUGUCAUUGUAUAUAGUUCAAAUUUUCCUGUAUUUAAUUGUAUUCAUGUCUGUAUGUCAGAUCUACUUUGGACUCUACUGGUAGACAAAUAAUUCUUUAACAGAUGGAAAUAAAACUAUUAAUUUGA